AAUCCCACAUGUGUUUCACUGUUUGCAGCUUGCUUUUAUCAUUCAUGAUUACCAUGCAGUACGCCUGAUGUGACGAACUGUUUUUUACUCAUUAGUAUCCCGUCAUUAGACAUUAUGGGUAGAAGGCGACCAAGGCCAAAUAAAAACAAACGGGAAAGAGAUGGGAAAGGAUAUCAAUCAGCUGUGAAAGAAAACAAGCUGUUUGAGAAGUAUUAUAAAGAACUUGGAAUUGUCCCUGAAGAGGAAUGGGAUGCCUUUAUGAAUUCCCUUCGGGAGCCUCUGCCAAUCACCUUUAGAAUCACAAGCUUUGGUGGGGAAACAGAAGAGUUGAAAAAGUUGGUAAAAACAGAAUACAUCGGAAAGCUUUUAGAAGAGAAGUCAUUGAGUGACAAGCCGAAAGUUGUGUGUUUGCCAUGGUAUCCAGAUGAGCUAGGAUGGCAGUUGAAUUCUUCCAGACAGGAGGUCCGGAAAGAUGCAAGGUUUGAAAAAUUGAAGACAUUUCUUCUUCAGGAAACUGAAAGUGGCAGUAUAAGCCGACAAGAAGCAGUGUCAAUGAUACCCCCAAUGUUGAUGGACGUCAAGCCACAUCACAAGGUUCUAGACAUGUGCGCUGCUCCUGGUUCUAAAACAGCUCAGCUGAUUGAGUAUCUCCACAACACACCAGACAAUGAAUUGCCAGAGGGUUACGUGGUUGCCAAUGAUGUGGACAAUAAACGUUGCUACUUGAUGACUCAUCAGGUCAAAAGAUUAAACAGUCCAUGCUGUGCCAUCAUUAACCAUGAUGCCUCUUAUCUGCCUAAUCUCAGAUAUGGGGAUGGCCCUCGUGAGUUUGUGAAGUAUGAUCGUAUUUUGUGUGACGUCCCUUGUAGUGGAGACGGAACUCUGAGAAAAAAUCAGGACAUCUGGACAAAAUGGACACCAAAUCAAGGAAUCAACUUACAUGGAAUUCAGGCCAAGAUCUUGAAGCGAGGCCUUGACCUGCUGGAGGUCGGAGGUCGUCUGGUGUACUCCACGUGUUCCCUCAACCCAGUGGAAGACGAAGCCGUGAUUGCUGGCAUGUUACAAAAGUGUGAAGGUUCAGUUGAACUGGUGGAUGUAAGUGAGGAAAUUAAGAAUCUCAAAUAUACACCAGGAAUUUCACAAUGGAAGAUGAUGACUAAGGAUGGCAGUCAAUUCUUUAGUGACUAUGAGUCUCUAUCUAAUUACACUCACUUCCAACCCUCCAUGUUCCCCCCUACAAAGGAGGAGAGUGAAAAAUUAAACCUACACAGAUGUAUGAGAGUUUUACCCCAUCAGCAGGACACUGGAGGGUUCUUCAUUGCAGUCUUAAAGAAAAAUUCUACAGUACCAUGGCAACAGAAAAAAACACCAGCAAACACAGAACAGAAAGAACCAAACCAGACAGUAGAGACGAGUACGACAAAUGGCGGGGAGACAAAGGAGGCGACGACUGAGGACAGUAAUCCUCCAGGGAUGGAGACGGAAGACGGGGGAACGAAGAAGAGGUUGGCAGAGGAGGAGGAAGAUCUAAACCCCAAACCGUCUAAACAGGUGUCUCGGAGACUGCACGGAUACAAAGAGGAUCCUUACAUCUUCCUGGAGGACAAUGACCCCAUGUGGGGCCCCAUCAAGAAUUUUUACGGGAUUCCUGAUGAUUUCCCGAGGAAUCAGAUAAUGUACCGAGCUGAGAAUAGUCAGAGGAGAACUCUGUAUUACGUGUCAUCCGCCAUCAGAGAUCUGGUCCGCAGGAACAACGACAGAAUCAAAUUUAUCAAUCUGGGGGUGAAAGUCUUUGGUAGGAGUAAAUCCCCGCUGGUUCCAGACUGUGAUUAUAGAAUUGCUCAGGAGGGUCUGGUGACAAUGAGGAACCUGCUCACAAAGAGGUCAGUUGUCCUGACAAGAGAUGACUUCAUUCUGGCCAUGACCAAGGAGAACCCAAUGUUUAAAGACUUCUCAUUGGACGGGAGCCAGAAGUUUCAUAAAAUGGAUACUGGAAGCAUAGUACUUCUAUACAAAGGAUCAGAUAGUGCGACUCGGCCGGCCUGUGAUCUGGUGAUUUGUGGAUGGAGAGGGAAGACUUCUGUCAGAGCCUUCAUUAACAGCGGACUCAGAUUCCAUUACUUAAGGCUGUUCAGUGAAAAGCUGGCCGAGGACUUGGCAAUCCAAUUGGAAGAAAAGAAGCAACAGAAAAAAGAUAAAGAAAAGGCCACAGAAGAUGAUGAACCCAUAGAAGGUGAUCCAACAGGAAACCAGGAGGGGGAUCAAGGAGAGGUGGAAUCAGAGGCAACCAGGGCUGAGGAGAUGGAGGAGGGUGAAGGCGAGGAUAAUGUCGAGGGUUGUGACAAUGACAAUGAUACUAGGACGACAGACAACCAGAUAGACGAGUGUGGGACCUGAGCUUCUGAAGGCAGGAUGGAAAUGUUGUCUUAUGAAUAUUACUAGGAAGAAUCAGAAUUUAUGAUGAAGAAUCAUGUAUUCUUCAAAAUGUGUUAUGAGAAAACAGUCAAAAUUGAAUACUGAAUGAAUUGUCUCAAAGAGUAAAGCAGUGUAAUGCUUUUGUUUUCCAUCAGCUUUGUGAAAAUUGUUCUUUAGAGGUUAACAUAAAAAUAUAGUGACACUUAAGAUCUGAGUCCAGGUAAUGAUAUAGUAGAAGAAAUUUUAUAUCUUUCGAAAAUAUAAUUAAUAUGAGAGGUAUUCAACACAUUUAUGAUAUUAACGUGACAGGAAUUUCUGCUUGGUUAAGCAAUUUAUAUCAAAUUCAGAAUUGAGUAUUCUAAAAUGUGUGAAAAGAUUACCUCACAUUAAAUCUCAAAACAGUU